CGCAGCGGGAAACCGUUAUUGCGUGGCGCAAAGAAUAGACACGAAUGAGUGCCGCGUCCUAUGUGAAAGGUCUUUUAGUUGAUGGUCAGCAACUGGACUCAGAAUCAUUGUUACUGUGGAUCCACUUACUGAUGACUGAAGGCAACUUCUUCUGCCUCCACUAGUCUAUGGAGGAAGCGGAGAGGAGCCGCUGCCCUCCCGUUCACUGACACGCUAAAUCUGGCCUGAGCUGCACCGGAAAGCCGCUGGAGAAACUCAGAGCUCCGGGUCUUUAUAAUCACUCUGUGGGAUUUUCACGCAUACGGUGAAGGUAGAAACUGUGUGUGAGCUGAUGUGGAUGUGAAUUCAGCAGCAUGUAUCAGUGUGAGGACAGAGAGGAGGGAGUCCCUCCCUCUAAAACCACUCUGUGUGGGGAACAUGAGAGCCAGACCACAGCUCAGAGCCCAGAGGUGCACGGUGUACCAGGGUCUGCUGGACCUAAGCCUAAAACUAAUCCAGAACCUGGACCUGAACCCAGCUGUGUUUCCUUAAAGAGUGACCUGUCGAAGGAUAUUGGUGCUGACUUUAAAAAAGAACUUUUAUGUGACAAAGAGAUCAGUAAGAAGCCAGAAUCUCCUGGGCCUGAACCCAGCUGUGCGUCUUUAAAGAGCCAUCAGUCAAAAGAUAUUGGUGAAAAAUUUAAAGGAUGUCCUUCUCCUGCCAAGAGAGUGGACAAGGAGAGAGCAGAGGUCUCCACUGGUCAGUCUGCACAGCAGCGUCAAACACACCUGGACUCUGUGUUUAUGCGGCUGGAGGACAACAUUAUGAUGUUUGUGAAGAAUGAGCUGAAGAAAACCAAAAAGGUUCUGAGUCCAGAUGACCCAGAAACCAUAAAAAGCCAGAGGGAGGAUAAGGAGAUGUUUGAAGGUGAGGAUGAAGAUCAAAGAAAGAGCUGCAGAGAAGCAUUUCUGAAGAUCACAUUACACUUCUUGAGGAGACUUAAGCAGCAUGAGAUGGCUGACCAUCUGCAGAGCAAAAUAUUUGCUCCACUCUAUAAACGUGAACUUAAAGCCCAACUGAAGAAGAAGUUCCAGUGUGUGUUUGAGGGAAUCGCUAAAGCAGGAAACCCAACUCUUCUGAAUCAGAUCUACACAGAACUCUACAUCACAGAGGGAGGGACUGCAGAGGUCAAUGAUGAACAUGAGAUCAGACAGAUUGAAACAGUAUCCAGGAAAUCAAAGGGACCAGAAACAACAAUCAGACAAGAAGAUAUCUUUAAAUCUUCACUUGGAAGAGAUGAACCAAUCAGAACGGUGCUGACAAAGGGAGUGGCUGGCAUUGGGAAAACAGUCUUAACACAGAAGUUCACUCUGGACUGGGCUGAAGACAAAGCCAAUCAGGAAAUCCAGUUCAUAUUUCCAUUCACUUUCAGAGAGCUGAAUGUGCUAAAAGAGGAAAAGUUCAGCUUGGUGGAACUUGUUCAUCACUUCUUUACUAAAACUAAAGAAUCAGGAAUCUGCAGGCUGGAAGACUUCCAGGUUGUGUUCAUUCUUGAUGGUCUGGAUGAGUGCCGACUUAGUUUGGACUUCAACAAAACUAAAAUCCUGACUGAAACAAGAAAGUCCACCUCAUUGGAUGUACUGUUGACAAACCUCAUCAAGGGGAACCUGCUCCCAUCUGCUCGCCUCUGGAUAACCACACGUCCUGCAUCAGCCAGUCAGAUCCCUCCUGAGUGUGUGGACCUGGUGACAGAGGUCAGGGGCUUUACUGACCCACAGAAGGAGGAGUACUUCAGGAAGAGAUUCAGAGAUGAGGAGCAGACCAGCAGGAUCAUCUCCCACAUCAAGACAUCACGAAGCCUCCACAUCAUGUGUCACAUCCCAGUCUUCUGCUGGAUCACUGCUACAGUUCUGGAGGAUGUGCUGAAAACCACAGAGGGAGGAGAGCUGCCCAAGAACCUGACUGAGAUGUACAUUCACUUCCUGGUGGUUCAGGCCAAAGUCAAGAGGAUCAAAUAUGAUGGAGGAACUGAGACAGAUCCACACUGGAGUCCAGAGAGCAGGAAGAUGAUUGAGUCUCUGGGAAAACUGGCUUUUGAUCAGCUGCAGAAAGGAAACCUGAUCUUCUAUGAAUCAGACCUGACAGAGUGUGGCAUCGAUAUCAGAACGGCCUCGGUGUACUCAGGAGUGUUCACACAGAUCUUUAAAGAGGAGAGAGGACUGUACCAGGACAAGGUGUUCUGCUUUGUCCAUCUGAGUGUUCAGGAGUUUCUGGCUGCUCUUCAUGUCCAUCUGACCUUCAUCAACUCCGGAGUCAAUCAGCUGGAAGAACAACAAACAAGCUCUCAGACAGAGAACGACUUCUAUCAGAGUUCUGUGGACAAGGCCUUACAGAGCCCAAAUGGACACCUGGACUUGUUCCUUCGUUUUCUCUUGGGUCUGAAAACUAAUAAAAUUUGUUUGCAAGGCCUGGUGACACAGACAGGAAGUAGCUUACAGACCAAUCGGGAAACGGUUCAGUACAUCAAGAACAAGCUCAGUGAGAAUCUGUCUGUAGAGAAAAACAUCAACCUGUUCCAGUGUCUAAAUGAACUGAAUGAUCGUUCUCUAGUGGAGGAGAUCCAACAGUCCCUGAGUUCAGGAAGUCUCUCCACUGAUAAACUGUCUCCUGCUCAGUGGUCAGCUCUAGUCUUCAUCUUACUGUCAUCAGAAAAAGAUCUGGAUGUGUUUGACCUGAAGAAAUACUCUGCUUCAGAGGAAGCUCUUCUGAGGCUGCUGCCAGUUGUCAAAGCCUCUAAAAAAGCUCUGCUGAAUAGCUGUAACCUGUCAGAGAGAGCAUGUGAAGCUCUGUCCUCCUCUCUUCAACUAGAAGACUGUGAGCUCAGAGCUCUAGACCUGAGUAACAACAACGUGCAAGACUCAGGUUUGACAAUACUGUUUUCUGGACUGAAGACUACAAACUGGAAACUGGAAACACUCAGAUUGAGUGUCUGUAAUCUCUCAGAGAGAAGCUGUCAAACUCUGUCUUCACUUCUCAGCUCCCAGCCUUCCAGUUUGAGAGAGCUUGACCUGAGUAACAAUGACCUGAAGGACUCUGGAGUGAAAGUUUUGUCUUCUGGACUAGAAAGUCUGUGUUGUAAACUGGAAACACUCAGGGUGGAGCCUGCUGGAGUCCGAUGGCUGACACCAGGUCUGAGGAAGUAUUCCUGUCAACUCACAAUCGACACAAACACAGUGAACAGAAACCUCAAACUGUCUGACAACAACAGGAAGGUGACACGUGUUUUAUCGAUUCCAUUAUAUCCUGAUCAUCCAGACAGAUUUGACUGGUAUCCUCAGCUGCUGUGUAAAGAUGAGCUUGAAGGUCGCUGUUACUGGGAGGUUGAGUGGAGAAGAACGGCUUGGUUAUCAGUGAGUUACAGAGGAAUCAAAAGGAAAGGAAGGAGUGAUGAGUGUGUGUUUGGUUUAAAUGAUCAGUCCUGGAGUCUCAGAUGCUCUAAUGAUGCUCAUUCUGUCUGGCACAGAAGCAUAAAAACGUCCGCCUCCUCCUCCUCUGUCUCUAACAGAGCAGCAGUGUAUGUGGACUGUCCUGCUGGCACUCUGUCCUUCUACAGAGUCUCCUCUGACACUCUGAUCCACCUCCACACCUUCAACACCACAUUCACUGAACCUCUUUAUCCUGGAUUUGGGUUCUGGGCUCCAUCGGAUGGUUUGGCAAAGGGUAUUAUCGACAUUUAUGGCCCUCCUUUGAAUAAACUAUUAUUUGACUUUGAGUCAGUGACUCUGUGUAGUUAGCGUUCCCCUGUUAGAGAAACAGCUCAGUCUGUACAUAUUUGGCUCUUUCAGUCAGAAACACAUCAUGAGAUGUAUGAAAGAUGCUGAUAUUUUAUUUUCAGUACAUUUAGAAUGAUGAAAUAACUCAACUUUAACAUGUCAGUGGUGGCAUUUGGAGAAUUAAACCAUCCUUUAGAAACUAGAUAUAAAUAUUAUAUUUUCCAAUAUGAUUUUUUUCUGUGGUACAGAUGACAAUGAAAAGAUAUAAAACAGUCUGCAAAUCAUAAGUUAUCAAUUCAAAUGAUUAUUAACGCCAUAAGAGAAGGUUUCCUGUUAUUUGUACCACUCAGUUGGUCAUGUGAUCUGGCUGUGCAGUCCACCAUAACUGACAUCGCUUUCUAUUUUGAUAUUUUCAUGGUAAAUAAACAGAUUCUUGUUUAGCACUUUUCUGCACACAUUCAUACUCUGAUGGAUGAUGGAGAGGGUUAGUAUCUUGCUCAAGUAUAUUUUGCAUGCCAACUGGAGCAGCCAGGGAUUGAACCACCAACAUUCUGAUCAUUAGAUACCUUGCUCUAUCUCCUGAGCUAUAGCCAGCCAUCAUCAAAGCCCUUUCUUAAAUCCUCUCUCAGAGAAUCUCAAACAUGAGGAAGACAGGGAAGAGAGUGGACUCAUUAGUAAAAUGAAACACAGCCAAUAUUGACGUUUAAGACAAGGGAGGUAACAGAAAUACUAAAUAUAUAUAUAUGGCAGUGGUCACCAUGGCAACAUCACUGUCAUUUGCUGUGUAUUGUAUUGAUCAUAAUCCUGUCGUUUGUAUUUCUUUUUAUUGUUACCAUUUUUGUCUUUUUUUAACAAACUAUUUUUAUCUCUUGCCAUUGUUUGCCAGUGAGUGAAACAAAAUUUUGUUCCAUCUUUCUGCAAUAAAAAAUAUCUUUAAUUCUU